CUCUGCGUGACUAAGCAGCUGCUCUUAUGAGGGCAUUUACUGGAAACCAGCAGCUGCAUUUAGCUUCUCAAACAUUGAACAACUCUGCAGUGCAUUGACCUAGCAUCACAGGACAAGAAGACACGUUUGUCCAGACCCAGCUCCUUAUCUGUGGAGCUGAAACUGUGGGUUUUGCGCGAUGAGGGCGCUGACUUUGCAGCAGGCCAACGUGGCUCCAGGAGAUCAGCAGCAGUCGGCCACAUGUUGGAGAAGCUUGUCCUCCAACUAUGCUCCACUGAAUCUGGAGAAUAAGUUCCUAACUCAGACCUCGCUGAUGAUGCCCCAGCCUGGCUCUUCGCUCAUAAACUUUGCUGCACAGUCUACCUCCUGCCCUUUGCUCCAGCCCUCUAGUCUGUCCUCCACCUCAUCCUCCCUCCUCUCCACCUCUUCCCUCGCUGUCUCGCUCACCUCCCCCCUCCUCAGCACCCAGAACAAGCUCCUGACAAGUGAUUCAUCUCACCCCUCCUUUUCCUUGACCUCCUCUUUCCCGAAUACCUCUUUGCUUUCCAUGUCGCUCCCUAGCGGCACUCUGCUCAAUCGCUUCGCUCAGCCUCCCUCCUUCCUCCCUCAUGGUCUGGAUGGAGAACAGAAAAAUGUUAAUGGAGGAGAUGAAGACGGAGAGGAAAUAUCUGAAGUGAUGCCGUCCUGUUUUGAAGAAACAAGUGUGCAGUGUUCAGAGGAUGGGGUUUGGUCUGAAGAGGAAGAAGUGGAGGCUGAUGCUGGGACAGCUGCACAAUUACCUGUCAUGGAAACAGAGUUGGGAAAUGAGGACCAAGCUGUGGCCGUCCUACAGGAGGAAUUUGCAGAGGUUGAAAGAGGAAUUGAACAGAUUGAAGAGGAUCUGAAAGAUUUAAAGUAUCUGCUGCUGAACGCUGUUUGCUGCUCCCUGGUUAAUAAGAGCACAGCUCCAGGCCAGGGGGAGUGGGACAAAGAGGACAGCGUUUGGACCACCAUAAUAAACCUGGCGAAGGAAAUUUCUGCAUCAGACCCACAGUUUCUUCUGAAGGUGGCAGUUUACACUCGGCAGGAGUUAAACAUCCGCAUCACAGCCAACUUCUUACUGGCUCUGGCUGCCAACCUGCCCUUGACCAAGUCUCACGUCCGCAGAUACUUCUGUACUGCCGUGCAGCUGCCCUCUGACUGGCUGGAAGUAGUCAGGAUCUACAGCACGUGCUUCAGUCACUCGCUGCCAAUGUGUCUGAAGAAGGCAAUGGCUGACAAGUUCAAGGAGUUCAGCGAGUAUCAGCUGGCUAAAUACAAUACACGCAAAAUGCGCUGCAAACACGCCUGCAAGAAGAACAAAGGAAAGAAACCGACUGAUGAUCAACUGAAAAAGUGGGCAAACAUGCUCAGAUCAGACGAAACUAUUCUGAAGAAGUUUCUGCAGAUUGAGGACAGCAAAGUGAGGGUGGACAAGAAGCAGAGCGAGUUCAGCAUAAAGAAGAUGAUCAAGAGGCUUCACAUUAAAGAACCGGCUGAACAUGUGAUGGCCAUUCUGGGGAAAAAGUAUCCUGCUGACCAGACAGCGUUUACUGACAGUGGGAUAAAGGGCAACUGGGACAGGAAGAGAGCUGGACAACGAAUGAAGCUCAAAGAGCCGGAAACGUGGGAACGUCUGCUCAGUCUGGAGGGCAACAAGGCUGCAACCUGGGAAAAGCUCAUAGACAAUAAGUCUCUUCCCUUCAUGGCCAUGCUGAGGAACCUGAGGAACAUGAUCAUCAUGGGCAUCAGUGAGGCUCAUCACAAAAAGAUCCUUGGCAGACUCACCGAUAAGAAAGCAGUUACUCAGAGCCGGCAGUUUCCCUUCAGAUUCCUCGCUGCCUACAAAGUCAUCAUGGAGCUUCACAGCCUCGCCUCAGAGUCGCAGCAGAAGAUGCUUUCUGCUAAAGAGAUCCUGCAGGGAAUCCUGAAGAGGAUGCCUAAGAGUCACCGGUUCAAGCGUCAGCACUGGGAGACCGCGACCAGGAGCAGGAUGAGGGUGACGCUCGGCGUUCCCUCCAUCUACCGAUUGUACCGAAUGAAGAAGAACCAGCUCCUAAAGGCCAAUCAUAGGCUCUACUCCGUCGACCUGCUGGAUCGCUACCGCAAAGCCCUGGAGACGGCGGUUCAGAUCUCCUGUCGCUACAACGUGCCGCCGCUGCCUGGACGAACUGUCAUCCUGCUCAACGCCACUAUGAAUACUGAUGCGUCCUGGAGCCGGAAACAGGACUUCUGCCUCCCUCCAGAGCCAGAGGAAAAACCCAGUGAGGAGGAAGAAGACAAGAGUGGGAGACGCAGGAGGAAUUAUGAGGAAAAACUUGACAAACUGACUCCUUCUUUUAUGGAGGUGGGAGCUUUGCUUGCUCUGAUGAUCAGGAGCAGUGCAGAGGACUGUCUGCUCUGCUUAACCAAAUAUGAUUACUGUGAGGAGGCUGAGCUGAAGUCUGACGGCCUUUUGGAGAACGUCAGAACUGUGGUCAAGCAAAUGAAGUCACUAUGCGACAGUGAUGAUGACGGAGACACCAGCUACUAUUACAGAACAUUCACCAAGAAAAACAAGGUGGACAACGUCAUAAUACUGACUGACCACUGGAUACAGCAGAGCCUGGUGUCGGAAAUCAGGAUGUACAAGAAUGAAAUAAACAACAAAGCGUUGGUCGUGAACGUCUACUUAUCAGAUGGUGGACACAGAGACUCCGAAAACGGUUCUGACAGGAACUGGGUGAGGCUGGCAGGCUUCAGUGACCAAAUGCUGAGGUUUGUGGCAGAACGAGGGUCUUCCAGGCUGCUGGAUCAUGUGGAGCAUUUAGACAAACUGUACAGCAUCCCGCCACCAGUGGGAGCAAAAGAACCAGAGACCACAAACAAUCUUGUCUCAAUACCAGCAAGUCCAAAACUGAGGUGGCGAGGCGUCCGAGUCUUCAUCUCCUCCACCUUCAGGGACAUGCACUCUGAGCGUGAUGUCCUGGUGCGGAGCGUCUUUCCAGAGCUCCGACGGCGGGCUGCUCAACACCGCCUCCACCUGCAGGAGGUGGAGCUGCGCUGGGGCGUGACGGAGGAGGAGUCGGAGCGCGCCGCCCAGCUGUGCCUGUCGGAGGUUUGUCGCAGCCAGAUGCUGGUGGGGAUCCUGGGGGAGCGGUACGGCAUGGCACCCCCCAAACCCGACCUCCCUGACCUGCCGCAGUACAGCUGGCUGGCUUCGGCUCCAGAAGGUCUGUCUAUCACAGAGAUGGAGAUCCGUCAGUUUGAGGCUCUUUACCCCGAAGUAGCAAACCAGCGAAUGUUCUGCUACUUCAGAGAUCCAAACGUCAUCAAAUCAGUUCCUGUGGCUUGGAGAUCACAUUUUGCUGCUGAAUCAAAGAACGCAGAGUCUAAAAUGGCCUCUCUGAAGAAAAGACUCUUGGACAGUGAUGUGAAGGUGACUGAAAAUUACUCAUGUGAGUGGGGAGGCCUUGUGGAAGGGAAACCACAUCUGAAAAAGCUGGAGGACUUUGGCAAAUUUGUGCUGGAGGACCUUUGGAUGGCUGUUGUCAACCUGUUUGUGGAGGAGGGCGACGAGGCCAAGGUUGCAUCGGAGAUGUCUGAGCAGGAGGUUCACCAAGAGGCGCUACGGAGGCAGUUCUUUGGUCGGUCACAGCUGCUGUCUGGUGCCGUGACGAUUGUGGACCGAGUGCAGAAGAAGGGAGGGAUGAUGGUGGUCGAGGGAGGACCUGGAGACGGCAAAACUGUCUUCAUGGCUGCUCUGGCAGAUGCCCUCAGGACUGAAGUUAAGUCUAAAAGAAACAUUGCCUACGAUGUAAUUUCCUACUCGACGGCUGCCAGCCAAUCAGCACGCUCUGUGGAAAACCUUCUCCAAUGCCUUGUUCAAUGGCUGAGGAAGAUGAAAGACUCAGAGAGGGAAUCAUCACCUCUUCCCCACUCAUACAAGGAUUUGCUGUCAGAAUUUCACUCCACGUUGAGUGAUGUGAAGAAGGACAAACCUCUAGCACUGCUUGUCGAUGGAGUCGAUCUUGUCCGAGAUGGCAGAGGUCAGCUGAACUCUGACUGGAUCCCUCAGCAGCUUCCACAGGGAGUGUGUUUGGUGAUGAGCAUCACAUCCAAAGCAGCUCUGUUACAAACACUGGCCAAGAAAACAGGGACGGUCCUGUUUACACUGACACAGCUCACCAUGCUGGACCGAAGGGAGAUGGUUCAGAAGAAGCUGGAUGCCUCUGGGAAGAGACUCAGUGAUUCUGCAUUCAACAACCAGCUCCAGAUCCUAACAAUGAAGAAUGGAGCAGCGAGUCCUCUCUACCUGCAUCUGGCCUGUGAAGACCUGAAGAACUUUGCCUCCUUUGAUAAGUUGAAGGAGAACCUGCAGGACUUGCCUCAGUCUCUCAGCCAGUUGGUUGAGUACAGCCUGAAGAGACUCUGCUCGCAGUACAGAGGCAUGCUGGGACUCCGCUGGGCUCUUUCAGUGCUUGCUGUCAGCACCACCGGCCUGAAGGAGAAAGAUUUCUACUCUUUGCUGAACACCUGCAACGAUCUGUCCUCAUUGGACGGACAGAACACCUGGGAGGAAGUUCUGAACCUGUCCAGGAAGCCCAACGGACGCACCCCCAUGGCGACUUUCACUCGUAUUGUGCAGACUUUACAAAGUCUGAUUGGUUCGUCUUGCUGCCACGACACCGAUGACUUCCUGGUUCUCACCAAUCCGGAGGUGAAACGAGGCUUUGAAGAGUUUCUGCUCCCAACAGACGGCGACAGAACCAGAGCUCAUCUCAUACUGGCAGCUCUUCUGUGGACACUGGCCGACCCUCAGGACUCAGAUACUUUCUUCCACUGUGAGGCCGACUCUGUCAUGAACCUGCCUGCCAGCCUGAUUCAAAGUGGACAACUGGAGGUUCUUCAUUCACUGCUCUCCAGCUACUAUUUCCUUUAUGCUAAUGUGAGUCACGGCCUCCUGCACCACCUCCUGGAGACGUACAGCUUGUUUGAUAAGAAGAACACAACUGCAUCCUCAUCUGAUUUCCAGAGUCACAUGGAGGACUGCCGAGGUUUCCUGCGGCGUCACGCCUCCACGUUGUCCUCCUGGCCAGCUCUCUUCAUUCAGCAGGCCUUCAACGACCCUCCGGACACAUCUGCCCACAGCUGGGCUCGAGGCCUGGUGGGGAGAGGAGUCCGGGUGAUCGAAUGUCUGAACAACAACAGCAGGGCUGAUAAAGAGCGCAGUGAGCUGGUGUCGACUUUCUCCUCUGAACCGACCUGUUUGGUUGUGAACUUGGAUGAACAGCUGAUGGUGGUUGGUACCGGACAGGGAACACUGCAUUUCAUCCACACAGAGACUGGACAGGAGGUGAAAUCUCUGGUGAGCAGCUGCGAUGGCAUCUCGAGCUGCGUCUUUCUGAAGGACAAAGGUCUCGCCACCACCUCCUUUGACGGACGUAUCGAGGUCUGGGACAUUAAAAAUGGAUGUAGGACAGCGCUCAUCGAAGGCCACUCUAACACGAUAACAGCGAUCGAUAUCAACGCGAACAAGAAGUACCUCGCAACCGUGUCCCUCGACUUCACGUUGAAAGUUUGGUCUACUAAAGUUAAUGAAGUGGCCUCUUUGCCGAGCACCAGCCCUCUGAACUGUGUGACCUUUGACCCCGACGGUCACCUGCUGGCUGCAGGUUGCUGGAAUGGAGACGUGAUCGUGUGGAAAUGGCUGAAGGAUAAAUCAGCAACAUCUCUGUGUGGUCACAAGCGAUCGGUUCGCAGCGUCUCCUUCUCCCCGUCCUCCUCCUCCAUGCUGUGUUCGGGUUCUGUGUGUGGAGAGGUGAGGGUCUGGUCGCUGCCCACCUCCACCUGUGUGGGAUGUUUCCAGGCUCACCUGGGAGCCACCGAGGCCCUCACCUUCCUGAAGGAGGAAUCCAUGCUGCUGAGCGCUGGCUCCGAUCACACGCUCCAGCUCUGGUCAGGGGGACUCGGAUGUUCAGUCACCACAUUAAAAGAUGAUGAAUGCGAGCAAGAGCCUCCUCAGAAGAAGCUGAAGUCUACAAGGUCCGAGUCUGCUGCUGUUUGUGUGGCUGUGAAUGGAGACUUCGCUGCUGUGGCAUAUCAACAUGAAGGCGUCAAACUCUUCAGUCUCGUCACGGGUGAGAAGGUUUGGAACACUACUGAAACGUCCGUACAGUGCCUGCUGUGGAUAACUUUGGAUCCGGAGAAGACCGAGCCUGAGCUGCUGCUGGCUGGAGGAGAAGACUCGAAUCUGAGGGCCUGGAAGAAAAAAGAAGGAGAGGAGGGAAUGAUGGGGGGUCUGGAAAGUGUGGGAAUGUUCACUGCACAAACAGGCACCAUCCUGGCAAUGGCACAAAACACCACUUACCUGGCUACAGCCUCUGAUGAGUUCACCAUUGCGCUGUGCCUGCUGAGUGAUAAGGCUGAAGACCUCGCAUCGGAGCCUCAUGCAACUCUGAGGGGCCACACUGGAGGAGUCACCUGUCUGGCCUUCAGCCCUGAUGGUGAAAAGCUGCUGUCUGGUGGAAAAGAUCAGGCUCUGAUGGUUUGGGAUGUGGCUUCGACUCCUCCGGCUCUUUUUAAAUUGCUUCCUCACGCUCAUGGAGACUGGAUCACCGGCUGUGUGUGGACUCCAAACUGUGUGAUAAGCUCUUCUAAUGAUGGGAAGCUUUGCUUAUGGGACCUCGAGGUGGGUCAGCAUCUCAAAGAAAUCUCCUGGAAGAGGCCACUUUUGUCUGUCUGCAGUCUGGAGCAGUACGUGAUGGCCGGCUGUUCAGACGGAGCUCUGCACGUUUGGAACUGGGACACAGAAAUGGAAAUCUGCCACAUUGCUGCCCACAAGAAACAGAUCAACCACUGCUCCCUCCUCCCAAACACAGACGAGGAGAAAGACGCUAAAGCAGAAGAUAUGACCGUGUUCACAGCGUCUGAUGAUGGAACAGUGCAGCUCUGGAAACCCUUUCAGGUCGAACACUUCAGCACCUUCCAGGGUCACAGCGGCGCCGUUCACGGAGUCGUUCUCAAGGAGGAAGGAGAAUUCCUGUCAGUUUCUGAAGACCGCUCGCUGCGAUGCUGGACGUGGACUACAGAGAGUCCUCGGAGUCUGAGAGGCGCCAUCACAGCUUUGUGCUUCCAUCAGCACGAUGACAUGGUUCUGGCUGGUUAUGAGUCAGGUUUGAUGGAGCUGUGGCAGAACCACAAAGUGAUUUGCCACAAGCAGCUGACGAACAGCCCCAUCGCAGCCGUCUGCUCGAUGCCCAACAGCCAGUUCGCCGUCAGCUACCUGAAGACUUUGCUUGUUGAUGUGUGGAAGCUGGUGUGGAGUAAACAACGUGACACAGUCAGUCUGGUGAAGGUGUCGACCCACAAAGUAUCACAGCCGGUAGUUCGGCUCAUCUACUGCUCCACGCUGCUUGGUAUCACCCACAAUGCAACCAUAAUAGAACCAUUGAGGCCAAAGGAGGAUGACACCUGGAGUUGUCAAGGCACUAAUUGGACUGAUAGAGUCAUUAUUCGGGGGAUUUCUCACAAUGACGAUAAAAGUAUUUGGCUGGUGGGCGAAGAAGAUAGUAAAAUUACCAUCGGCUUCAUGUUUGUCAUGGGUCCCUCUACUCUUAACUAUUCAUGCUUCUCCUCAUUGGUCAUGGAGCGCGAGGAGGAGGAGGAGAAGAAGACGGAAAGCAUGAUGACGGCUGCAGCUGUGGACAAUGAGUUUGUGGUGUGUGGAGACGUGAAGGGCAACAUGUGGUUCAAUCAGCCUCCACAGCUUUCGUCCUGGAGCAACAGAAAACAGGCUCACAGCAACAGGAUCAGUGAGCUGAGACUCACCAAAACCAUCAUCGUCUCGGCCUCCUACGACCGAACUGUUAAGCUGUGGGACAGAAUCACUAGGGAACAGGUGGGAAUGUUUGUUUGUGGAGGUCCGGUUCUGAGUUUGGAAGUGAAUCCAAGAAACCCCACCGAGGUGAUCUGUGCUGACGGAGAAGGAAAACUGUACUUUCUCUGCUGGAAAGAGUAACCCUCUUGACAUGGCACACUCAAAAUAUCAAGAUUUAGCAAUCGCACCUAAUCGAUGCAGUAACCAAAGAUUGUAGGGGAUGUUUUUUUUCUUUGCUUUAACAAUGCGCAAUAAAUUGUAUGAAAAAAAGGAAGCACUAAUGGAAUCAUAGUCUGCUGUAUGUUUACAUGUGCCUUUGAUUUAGAUGAUGGGAAACUUGUAACAAGCAAGUCUAAAUAAGAAGACUUGAAUAUAUUUUCUGUUAAAGUUUGAUGUGAUGAAUGUAUUAAUGAGCUCUUUAAUAACUGCAAUGAGUGAAAAUAAGAAUAUGGAACACUAGGAGAGGGAAAACCAUAUAUUUGCUUUUUUUUCUUGCAUUAAAUACACUUCAAAUCA